AUGUUCCUCAAUCUUCACGAGACCCUCAGAUGGGUCUUCCAGAACAACCUUUACAGGACGAACGGCCAGUUUCUGCGCCUGGUCAGAUGCUCCUGCCUUUCUCUUCUCUUCCCGGUCACUACCCUCGGCUCGGGAUCCACGUUGUGCAGGGCGGACAUGAAGUUGGCGGUGAGCUCCCUCUGGAUCCUUUGCUCGCUAACAGUGUGCAGCAGGGUGUCUGCUGGCACUGAGCCCCUCGCAGCACCAUCACUCACGGCACCACAGCGCCGGGAAGAGGCGGCGAAAGACAGUCAAUACAAAUGUCUCAAUCUGUCCAACAAAGCGCAUCCACAAAACAGAAGCGGUACCUUUUGUGGACAAAUGUGGGAUGGCGUGUCGUGCUGGGACGAGGCAUCAGCGGGUACUUUAGUAACACACAGAUGUCCUCAUCACACUGGAAACGUGACUAAACAUUGUGACCGAUCGGGCGAGUGGGUCCAGAUUGGAUCCACCUGUCGGGAAGCCUCCAAGGACGGAACAAAGGCGCUUGAAGUUUCCAGCUUCUUCCAGGAUGUCCAGGAUGAGCCUAGCACAGGAAGUGGCAUGAAGAUGAAGAUACUUCAAGAGAAAUGUCUUGAUAAAAUGAAACAGGACCUACCUUAUAAUAAAACAGGAAUGUUCUGCAGUCCUAUUUGGGACGGUUGGCUUUGCUGGGACGUUACACCAGCACAAACCCACGCCACCCAGAACUGCCCCGAUCAUUUAGUUGGCCUUGAACCUUCAGGAACGGCGAGCAAGUACUGUGGCGAACACGGCGAGUGGUUUCGCCAUCCGGAGAGCAACAUCUUUUGGACCAACUACACACUUUGCACCAGCAACUAUGAGAACACUUCAAGGAAACAGAAGCUGUUUGAGAGUAAAAACAAAUGCACCUUGAAAAGAAGCCAAGACCCUCCCUUUAAUGGAACAGGCCUGUUCUGCACACGGGACUGGGACGGCUGGCUGUGCUGGGACCAGACUGCAGCUGGAACCUACGCAGCACAAAAUUGCCCAGAUUUUUUUUCAUACGCUGACUCUACAGAAAAGGCAACACGGUACUGUGGAGAGGACGGCCAGUGGUACCGCCACCCAGACAGCAACAGCACGUGGACCAACUUCACGCUCUGUGCCGUCAACAUUCAGGAAAAGCUGCAGGGUGUGAGCGCCCAACUCUCAGGGGAGACGGAGCAAGACUUUGCCGACGAGGCCACGGUGAGCCCUAUGGUAAAUCCAGAGGAGCAGGAUGUGAUGAGGAAGAAAAUCCUCCACAGCCAAUACAAAUGUGUUGAGAAAAUGAACCGGGAUUCUCCUUAUAACAAAUCAGGUUUGUAUUGCAGUCGCAACUGGGACGGCUGGUUGUGCUGGGACGACACUCUCGCUGGGACCUACACCUCCCAAAACUGCCCCAAUUAUUUUGUGGACUUUGACCCUACUGAAAAGGCAACCAAGUACUGCGGGGAUGACGGGCAGUGGUUUCGCCACCCUGACACCAACAGGACCUGGUCCAACUACACACUCUGCAAUGAAAACACUAAAGCUAAAUUGAAGUCAGCCUACAUCCUGUUCUACAUGGCUAUUGUGGGUCACGCCUUAUCUAUAGCCUCCCUGCUCAUCUCUUUGGCCAUCUUCUUCUACUUCAGGAGUCUGAGCUGCCAAAGAAUCACCCUGCACAAGAACCUCUUCUGCUCUUAUGUGCUGAAUUCUGCCCUCACCAUCAUCUACCUGGUGGCGGUGGUCAGCAAUCCUGAAGUCGUGGGCAGAAACCCCGUAGGGUGCAAGGUGUUGCACUUCUUCCACAUGUACAUGCUGGGAUGCAAUUACUUCUGGAUGCUGUGUGAAGGAAUCUACCUGCACACGCUCAUCGUGGUGGCCGUGUUUGCAGAGGAGCAGCAUCUGCACUGGUACUACCUCCUGGGCUGGGGUUUUCCUCUGGUGCCGGCAUCCAUCCACGCCGUGGCCAGGAAAACAUUCUUCGAUGACAACUGCUGGAUGAGCGUGGAAACUCAUCUGCUGUACGCGGUCCACGGCCCUAUAGUGGCGGCUCUGCUCGUGAACCUCUUCUUCUUGCUCAACAUUAUAAGAGUGCUGGUCACCAAGCUGAGGGACACGCACCGCGCGGAGUCCAACAUGUACAUGAAGGCGGUGAGAGCCACCCUGAUCCUGGUGCCCCUCCUGGGGAUACAGUUUGUCAUUUUCCCCUGGAGGCCGGAGAACAGGCUGGCGGGGGAGGUCUACGAGUACAUCAUGCACAUACUCAUGCACUACCAGGGUUUACUGGUGGCGACCAUAUUCUGCUUCUUCAAUGGAGAGGUGCAGGCCACCCUAAAGAGACAGUGGAUGCAGUACAAGACUCAGUGGGGUCAGCGGCGGAAGGACCACUGCUCCAUGCGCUCCACCUCCUACACCGCCACCUCCAUCACGGAGGUCCCUCCCUUCAUGUACCACCAGGACAGCAACAGCGAACACUUGAACAGCUCGGAACUGGUGGCGCUGAAAUCGGGCGAGAUCCCCUGAGGUGCGAAGGCGACGUGGACCAGUACGUGACUCCAUCCCCCAGGGUGUGUGGUGGUGUCGCUAAAACAGAGACGCAGUCGCUCCUAUGACUUCGUCACUGUCGUGAGACUUUUGAAGAGACGGAAAUAACUGUGAGGACAACGUUCGCCCGUUCAAAAUGACGUCGCGGCGGUUUUUAAACUGUAGCCACGAUCGACAACAGGAAGUGAACGAAAGCUCUCUAUACCAAAAGGGUACUGGGUGAAGAGGUGGUACCCUGACACCAAGUUCUAACAUGUACCAGCAUCAGUCUGCUCACGGGCCACAAAAUGUUGCAAAAAGCUCUGGAAGUGUGUACAUAAAAUUUGUGUUAAAAAAAAAAAGUAAUUUUUUUUUCUAUUAAUAUUUGACGAUUUGUCGUUCCAGAGUGUAGCUCCAUGUCUGUCCUGUGAUGCUGCACACUUAGUCCGCUU